GUUAUUCGCCUUCGUUACUUCACGGCAAGAGGGAGCAUCAGCAGCAGCAUCGACUGUUCAGCAGCGUCGCGUACAGCCCAAGAAACAGGCGCACCGCAUCGAGUUCCGAAGAAACAGCUGGCCAGCAUUUUCUUCUUCGGGACGGCACGUGAAGACUUCCAUCGAGUUCGUCGGUUCUUCCACGGCUUCAUCACGGAUCGUCCACUUCACGUUCUACACGCUCUAUCUACAAGCUACCCUCAUCAUCCACCCGAUCCAGCGGGAGAUUUCAACGUUCCGCAUUUUUCUGCGGAGUUUUUUCUAGAAGAAGAGCGCCUGGGUUCGACGGAACACCAGGACGACGAGUUAAUCACACCGUCUUUCGGCAAGUUCUUCAGCAGCUUCGCCACUACAUCGGGACGUACUUCCGAGACGUACGCCACGACAUCGGCUUCUAUCGCCGUAAGCACCCCGGGUACCCAAGUAGAGCGGUAGCCCAUUUUCUUUCGCGGGACUGUUAGCUUCCUUGCGAACGGGUACAACAUUCGACACGUCAACGUACGUGAGCGUAACUUCAACCCACGUCAUCUAGUUCAUCGCAGCGUCUACAGCAGCGUCUACUCAAGAUGGACGAGCAAAAACAAGCGGAUAUCGUUGACAAAAUGAUACGGUCCGCGGGCAAAUUUAGCGGCAGCGGAUUUACCGAGUGGUAUGAGCAGGCGAUGGAUUGUUUCAGACUCCGCGGCCAAGGCAUUCUUUCGAUCAUCCAAGGUCAAAAAUGCCCUGAACCCAAAUACCAAGCCGUGCGGCGGGGUCGUUCCCUCUCACGGGAGCGACGCCGUGCGGCAGCUACAUCAGUACUUGAAAGCAAGGCAGCCGCGGAUGCCGCGGCCGCAACGGCGGCCGCCACGGUAGCCCGGACAGCAACAUCAGCCGCCAUCCUAGCAGGCAACGACGACAAUGGCGCGGCAGCAGCAGCGAGCGAUGCAGCGUUGCAGGCAGCAGCAACGGCGGCAGCAUCGGCUGCAGCAUCGGCUGCAGCAGUAGCAGGAAUCGACGGCGGCGACGAAGACGGUGGCGACAACUCCGACGCCCCUUCAGAUGUUCCUGUUCAGUUCACCUACGCGACUACUACAGAGCUUCCGGCUGCUAUUUUGUGGGAAAUGCCUGUGACCAUCAUCAACCGAGACGAGAUCAUCGCGUGGCACAGCUCCAACACGAUGCUUGGUGCAUUUCUCUCUAUGUGCACCACCGGUGCGGCAAAGAAAUUUGUCGCUACGUUCAAACCGAAACCGGACAUGAUGUUUCAUGGGAUAGUGGCGUGGAAGGCUCUUGUGAAGAAAUAUCGCAACCCUUCUCGCCAGCGGCAGAAGAUCUUGUUCAAGAAGCUCUACAACAUGACCAUGGACGUGGAUAUGGAUCCGGACGCCUUCAUGCACGACAUGACCGAGCUGCGGGAUGAGCUACAGCUGCUGGGGAGUCCCAUCCCCGACGACCAGUUCAUGAACAUCAUUUUGGACUGCCUACCGGAGGAGCUUUACUCUGGAAUCAAGUACGAAGCGGAGACCAAGGACGACCUCACUUUGGAACAAGCCCUGUACACCAUGCGCAACCUCUACAUCAACCGCAAGGAGGCAAGUGGGUCUUCGCGUGCUGCGAAGGGCCGCUCGUCCGCCAUGGUGGCUUCAACUACCAAGACCUGCAGCUUCUGCCACAAGAAAGGGCAUCUCACCCAACACUGCUGGAAACGCAACAAGAGACUAACGGGCAACGCUCCCGGCGGUCGAAAAGGAGACUGCAUGAACGCCAACAAGGUCAUCGUAACCAAGAAUACCGGUACAGCAAUGGGGAUCGGCAAGGCGGGCAGGACCGCCACAGCUAUAACGGCAACAACAGCAACGCCCCAGGAGCUC